CCUUCGGCCAGUCAGCAGCGGCAGCUGUGGGGAGAAGGAGAUUUCGAGUGCGGCUGGUCGGAGCGGUUUUCAGCGGCGGGCUCCGUGCCUGACGCCGGGAGCGCACGCCUGCGAAGGGCCGCUUACCAUGGCGCCCGGAAAGCUGCUCGGCAGGCUGCUAAUCGUCGCCAUCGUGUCGCUCUUUGACGCCAUCGAGGACGCGGAUGCAGACGAUGGCAUCCAAUGGCUCGGCGACGCUUGCAACGACGACGGUGACUGCCACGACGCAUUUAACCUGCUCUGCGUCAAGGGCCAGUGCACCUGUAAGCAUGGAUUCGUCUCGGCGCAGUUCAGCUGCCACCCAGCUUCGCCGCUUGGCGGGAAGUGUACGUACCAUGCCCAAUGCCAAUACAGCGACCCGCACAGCGCAUGCGACCUGACAGGCCACUGUGUGUGCGUGGAGGGGUUCACGAUGCGCCAGGACACCAAGAAGUGCACCACCGCCGAGGCAGACGACGACCGUCAGUAUCCGGACGUACUGAGACCACACACGAUCACAGGACAUCGCAGUUCCUAUGGCAGCGGCGUCACAACUUUUGGCAUCAUCGUGCUGGUACUGGCAUUUGUGCUAGCAGUCGCCUGCCUCCUCAAAUUCGUUAUCUGCAACUGGAACCAGCAACAAUCACCACCUCAGAGGAAACAUUCCAGGAAAUACAACUACCUCACCGUGGGUUACCUCAAAGACAAUGAGACACAAGCUCUUCUUCCACCGGGGAGGCGCCCACCCAGCUAUUCAGAAGCCACCAGGGUGCCGCAGAUCACUAUUUCUGAUUACUCGUCGCUUUCUCACCCCACCACGACGGUCUACACAAGCACAUGAGCUGCUAAAGCAUGUGCAAAUCGGAGAGCAGCACCAACCAAUGGAUCCCUGUUGUAUGCAUGCAUUGUAAAUAUGAAGAUUUGACUCAA